AUGGCUAUAUUCGUCGGUAGUUUAAUUGCUUCCGAUUUGCUGUCAUCCACCGUUCUCGGUCCUUUACUGGUAUCCGGUAUAAAGACCAUCAAUAAAGCUCUGACCGUAUUCGUGGCAACAUCUACAAUAUUUUCAAUACUUGUCAUAGCAAUGGACAGAUACACAGCAGUUCUCAGCCCUCUCCAUUACGCCACAAAUGUCACUAGGCAAAAAAGUGUUUUUGUCAUAGGUACGGUAUGGAGUAUAUCAGCUGCGUUUGCGUCACCGAUGUUAUUCAAGGACUUGCUAUUACACCAUAAGUUUCCCGUGGCGAUGAUGGAAAAAACACAUGGUGUGGUAUUGUUACUGAUCGCAUUCAUAGCUCCCUGUGCUGCCCUUAUUUUGGUUUACUUCAAAAUGUACGUGGCAGCUCACAGGAACAGUCUGAGGACGCGCAAGCACAGCGUGUGCACGGAACCGGACCUGUCGCGGCGCAACUCGAACGCCAUUUUCUCGGCGCUGUUGUUCCGGGAGGAAAGCCGGGCCAUGAAAACGUCCAUGAUGGUGCUGUCCACGUUCCUGUUCAGCUGGACGCCACUGUUCUUGCACGUGUCCAUUGUCCAACUGCCGGACGAGGUGGUGUACACGUGCGCCCUGUCCGCGGCCACGCUCAACCCGCUCGUGUACGUGUUCCGGAACGACGCGUUCCGCAAGGAGAUGCUGCGCGUGGUGUGCAGCCGCAAGCGGUUACGCGAGUCGGCCGCGGCCAAGGCGGCUACCGGCCACCAGCAGCAUCGGCUCAUGACGGCCCACCAGGCCGACAGCGUGUCGGUGCACAGUUUCCGCAUGUCGUCAGUCGAGUGCCAACACUCGUUCGACUCGGUCACGCCGCCGCCCGCCGACUUUGUCGCCACGUACAAUCCGAUAAACGGAUCAGAGCGGUGUACGCGAUACGAGAGCGUAACGUUCCGUUUGGCCCAGCGCCGUUGCCAAUACUGCAGCAGACAGAGCUCAGACUCGUCGUUGAGCAGUAACUAUCCAUUACUGGUCAACAAAAACCGUUCGUCGAGCGAGCCAAACACACCAAAACAUCACAACAACAACGAAAACCGAAUCGUCAUGUUUAAGGUAUCGGAAGUGGAGACCAAAAGGAAUAAACUGCAGAGGAUGAUGGCGAUCGACACCGAUUGUCCGUCGACUCGAGUCUAGUAACAAUAUUUUACGAUCGAAACGAGAGCUACAGCUCAGCUGGUCCCACCACUAUACGCCGAUGCACUGCAGUCACUCGUCGACGUCAACUGUGCGUUUGUCGAAGGAUUACAUAGUCUAUAGAGUAAUAUUUAUGAUUAUUGUUGCAUAAUAUAUUAUUAUUAUUAUUAUUAUUAUUAUCGUUAUAUGUUCCAUAUUGGAAUAUCCGGAUGUAUCAAAUUAUAGUAUCAUCAUCGACGUGUGGUAUACGCUCCCCUAUCCAUUCAACCCCUCCCCAUACGCAGUUGCCAAAAAAUAAAUUAUAUUAAUUUAGUGUUACGUCAUAUCACGUGUCAAUUCGAGCGACGGGAAAUUUUCGGCGAUUGGAAAACAACCGAAUGUGUAAAAUAUAUUACUAUUUUGAAGAUAAGACUGGUCGUUACAGACUACUAACUAUAAUACGUAUUAUGAUAAAAAAUUAUGUCGUUUUGUGCACGUCCAAACCGCUGUGCCGUGUGCACUGCAUGAGUUCUCUUACCCGGUGAAAUCCGUUCCCGUUUAAAGUCCAGACAACGUCAGAAUAGUUACCUCUAGUUUUUCCUCUUCGAAACGAUUUAUUUUUAAUUUUAUUUUGAACGAAUAAAAUGUUACGCUCCUGAAAAACCGUUCUAGCCGGCGACGUCCUGUUCUCAUUCAAACGGCAACCCUAGGCCUUUUGUGUUAUUAUUGCUUUAUCAAUAGUACGGUUGAAUAGCCGAACGAUCGCAAUAAUAUUAUUAAAAAAAUAUACUUUUUAAUUUGACACCACGAACGAAAACAAAAAUAAAUAAAUCUCUUCGAUAUGACGUCGUACAGCUUCAAAAUAUAUUCAACGAAUUUAGAUUCACUGGUUUUCAGUUCAGUCCACACGUAAUAUCGCAUUAGUUAUUAUUAAGUAAUCGGAAAAAUAUUUUAGAAAUACUUUUAUGGAGACAUCUGCUGCUGUGGAUUGAUUGGAUUCGUGUCGGAAGAAUCGUCAUUUACAUGUAAAUUCCAAUUUCUGUAUUAUUAUUGUUAUUUCGUAUCCA